AGUUUAUUUAUAUUGCUUUCUUUGUAAGCAGUUUGAUAGUGUUUAGUGAUAAUGUAAAUGGUGGUAAAUAUCCUUGUUGAUUACUUGCAAUAUGUAGUCGGAAUGUCCACGUGGCAGAUUUUUUCUGACGCGGGAUCAAAUUAUCGCCGGGAGGCAUCUGGUCCAUUCCUGUUGUCGAAACUCAAUAAUGACCCGAACGGAGCUCCAGUUGCUCCACACCCUUCCAUGGUCGAUCUCCUGCUUAAAGGUUGUAAUCUCUAAAUCUUUUCGCCUCUAUCUCAAAUUUCAUUGUUCCUACACAGGAUUUUCGAAGCUUAUUGAGAACGAUGGUGGAGUAGAUAAAUACCCGAUUUUUAGAACCGAAUUGGGGAAAUCCGUGGCGUUGAAAGAAUCUUCAAUUGCAAAAACAUUAUCUAUCCUCGAUGAAGACGACGGUGCCUCUACUGUUACUCCAAGUGAAAGGAUGUUAUAUGUUUCAAGUGAAGCAUUGAAAUGUACAAGGAGUCUUCUUGGUGAUCAGGAGCUAGGGGAUUUAUUUGGUGAUAUGAAUAAAGAGGUUUUUCGUUUGUAGUUUACACGGAGGAAAAAAUUAACGAUGCUUUAUCAAACAAUUGAGCAUGUAACAUAGGUUGAACAUGUGACAACU